UAUGAUUUAAAGUAAUGUCAUACUUUUUGUAGAUCCGUCAGAAUUGUUUUGAAAUUUUUUCAGAAUAUUUUUCUUGCGCGAUUAUUUUAUUUAUUUUAAAGUAAUUUUAUUUAACACCAUGACGACUUGGCUUAAUCCUUUUGGCCCUCCUCCUGAAAUAUACGGCUACCAAACAUUAUGGCAUAGCAUAGGAAAUUACAUGGCCCGCAUUGAACAAUACGAAAGAUCUUUACCAUUCUUUGAUGAAGCUGUUCUCAAAUGCCCCAAUGAUAAAAAGACGCUCAUCGAUAGAGGAAAAGUAAGAGCAAAAAUAUGCAACUUCAAAGGAGCCUUAGAAGAUAUUAACAAAGCAAUUAAUUUAGACCCAAGCGAUCUGGUUUCUUUGGCCGAACGGUCUGACGCUGUGUAUCUUAACUGUGAAUUUGAGGACGCAAUAGUACAGAACUAUAGGCUUCUUCCUCUCCGAAAGAAACCUGAUCACUUUUCUAUGGGAAUCAGAAAGUGUUCAACGGCUAUUGAAAACUGUCUUGGUCCUGUUGCCGGAUGCCCAUUAAGAGAUUAUUUCUUGAUUAUAAGAAAAUUAGCGUGGCUGGAAACGUUUCACGCUGAAAAGAGAGUGCCGUUUGUGGCGAAAAAUAAGAAAAUCAAAAAACCUAAGAGAAAAAAACGCGAGAAGAGGAAGGAGAGGAAGUCAGUUUGUGAAGAACCAUGCGAUUUAAAUUUACAAAUAAAAGAUAGUCUUAACAGUCACCAAUCAAAUAAUUUUAGAGUUCCCCCUCUUCAACAGUCUUUUGGGUUUUCCCCUUUACAAAAUUAUACAACCAAUAUAGACAAUUACAUCGCGGAAACUUAUCUGGAGCGUAUGUACCGCGAGAAGGUAUUUGUCAAAGAGUUACCGAACAAACCUGGAAUUAAUUGUCCAAACGAAGAAGGUGUAAAAAAGCUAAAAACAAUUGCUAAGGAUUGUUACAACACGGUCUAUGAUAAACAAGAAGUUUUAAGAACUAGAAAACCAUUUUAUCAUAUUAAAUAUCAACAGGCUUUUAUAUCCGGUGGACUAAAAGACAGACAAGAAGCUGAGCUACAGCUGCACCAAGAAAACACCAGGAAAGAAGCAGAGAAAAUAACGGCACGACUAGUAAAAGCUUUACUAUCCAAUAAUCUCACAACUGUUAUAGACCUUGCAGAGAAAUUGAAGAAAUACUGUGAUUCAAAAUCGAAACGACUUUUACCAGACAAACAAAUUUAUCUAAGUAAAAUCUAUGACAUUGUUCGGGAUGCUUUUUAUUUGGUAAAUAGAUUAAAUCCAGAACAACCAAGUUGGGAUCAAGAUAAGAGGAUACUGGUGUCUCUUGGACAGCCUGUUAGUAGACAACCGUCCAAAGAUUCCGUUAUUUCAUCGUAUAAAGUUCCACUUCUAGACUUUGGUCAGCAGAUUCAAAUGUUCGAAGAUCGAUUAGAAGUUGCUGAAGAUGAUAAUGAGAUGUUGUGGUACUACCACGAACUUGCGAGGUACAACUUAUUGGCCAAAAAAUAUGAUGUUGCCAAAUCAUUUUGCACAAGAUGCGCACUGUUAGCAGAAAAAAAUAACGAGUAUCAUUGGUACAUAAACGCAACAGUUUUACAAAUGAGAAUAUGUAUCAAGCUACUGAAUAAAGCCGAUGCUAUAUUAGAGGCUAAUAAAGGUAUUACCAUGGCCCAGCAGCUGCAGGAUAAAAACUUAGAGAAGUAUUUGGAUAGGUGCAUUCACGUAAUAUCAGAUUUGGAAUUCGACGAUCACACCGGUAAAAAGCAAAUACAAAAACGGCAACAGAAGAUUUUGGCAAUGAUGCAAAGCGAGAAAAUCAAGUCAGAAUUCUCAAACUUGUUCAGGAUAAUGUCUGCUCAACCAGAUAGUAGAAGAAUGAAUAUAAUUCCUGGAAUGCGAGUGAAGACGAAGGACACAGCUAUGAGUAGGUUAAGGUCUAGCAAGUCUAUAGCCCGUGACACUAGUGUAUCAAUUGCUGGUAGUUCUGUUACAGGAGCAAAUUUUAUUAGUUUAGUGCAAUUUCAGAUAUAAAUUAAUAAAAGUCUAUAUAGAUAUAA